UUUGGAGAGGCCGCUCCGUUUUUGCGUAAAUCUGAGAUGGAGCUUCUGGUGACGCAGACGAUAGCUUUUGACGGUAAGAAGCACGCCUGGAUCCCAGAUGAUAAAGAGGCCUACGUUGAGGUGGAGAUUAAAGAGCGCAAGGGUGACAAAGUCACUGUUGAGACCAAAGAUGGGAGGACCCUGACAGUGAAGGAGGACGACGUCCAGCAGAUGAAUCCUCCGAAGUAUGACCUGAUCGAAGACAUGGCCAUGCUGACCCAUCUCAAUGAGGCGUCGGUUCUGUCCAACCUAAGAAGACGAUACGCAAAAUGGAUGAUUUACACCUAUUCCGGCCUCUUCUGUGUGACAGUGAAUCCAUACAAAUGGCUGCCUGUCUACACUAAUCAAGUGGUCGCUGCCUACAAAGGCAAACGUCGCUCUGAAGUUCCACCGCACAUCUACUCCAUCGCAGAUAAUGCCUACAACGACCUGCUACGCAACCGAGAAAACCAGUCCAUGCUGAUUACCGGAGAAUCCGGUGCUGGCAAAACUGUCAACACGAAACGUGUCAUUCAGUAUUUUGCCAUAGUGGCAGCUCUGGGGGAUUCAACUGCCAAAAAAGGAGGGACUCUGGAAGAUCAGAUUAUCGAGGCGAACCCUGCCAUGGAAGCUUUUGGGAAUGCCAAAACGUUAAGGAACGACAACUCGUCCCGUUUUGGCAAAUUCAUCAGAAUCCACUUUGGACCUACUGGCAAACUGGCCUCAGCUGAUAUUGAUAUAUAUCUUCUGGAAAAAUCCAGAGUGAUAUUUCAGCAGCCUGGAGAGAGGAGCUAUCAUAUCUACUACCAAAUCAUGUCCCAGAAGAAACCAGAACUGAUAGACAUGCUGCUGGUGUCCUCCAACCCGUAUGACUUCCACUUCUGCUCACAGGGUGUCACUACAGUGGAGAACGUGGAUGAUGGACAGGAGUUGAUGGCCACUGAUCAUGCCAUGGACAUCCUUGGUUUCCUGCCUGAUGAAAAGUAUGGCUGCUAUAAAAUAGUUGGAGCCAUCAUGCACUUUGGAAACAUGAAAUUCAAGCAAAAGCAGCGGGAGGAACAGGCCGAGACCGAUGGCACUGAAAGUGCAGACAAGGCCUCGUACCUGAUGGGAGUCAGUUCAGCUGAUCUCAUCAAAGGUCUUCUCCACCCAAGAGUGAAGGUGGGCAACGAGUACGUGGUUAAGGGACAGAAUGUCGAACAGGUAAACUACGCCGUCGGUGCUCUGGCCAAAGCCACGUAUGACCGCAUGUUUAAAUGGCUGGUAGGACGGAUCAAUCGUACGCUCUACACCUCGCUGCCCCGACAGUACUUCAUCGGAGUCCUGGACAUUGCUGGAUUUGAGAUAUUUGAGCUCAACAGCUUUGAGCAGCUGUGUAUCAACUUCACCAAUGAGAAACUGCAACAGUUUUUCAAUCACCACAUGUUCGUCCUGGAGCAGGAAGAGUACAAACGGGAGGGCAUUGAAUGGACUUUCAUUGACUUUGGUUUGGACCUUCAACCGUGCAUUGAUCUAAUUGAAAAGCCACUGGGCAUCAUGUCCAUCCUUGAAGAGGAGUGCAUGUUCCCAAAGGCCACAGAUGGAAGCUUCAAAGCCAAGCUGUAUGAUAAUCACAUUGGCAAGUCACCCAAUUUCCAAAGGGCCAGACCGGACAAGAAACGCAAGUACGAGACCCACUUUGAGCUGGUCCACUACGCUGGGGUGGUACCAUAUAACAUCUUUGGCUGGCUGGACAAAAACAAAGACCCUUUAAAUGAAACAGUGGUGGCAUGUUUCCAGAAGUCUUCCAACAAGCUGAUGGCCUCUCUGUAUGAGAACUACGUUGGCUCGGACUCAGCUCCCUCGGAGCCAAAACCUGGCGUCAAGGAAAAGAGGAAGAAGGCAGCUUCCUUCCAGACGGUGUCACAGCUGCACAAGGAAAAUCUAAAUAAAUUAAUGACCAACCUUCGUAGCACCCAGCCGCACUUUGUUCGGUGCAUUAUCCCGAAUGAGACCAAGACUCCAGGUGUCAUGGACUCCUUCUUGGUGCUGCACCAGCUUCGCUGCAACGGCGUUCUGGAAGGCAUCAGGAUAUGCAGAAAGGGUUUUCCCAACCGCAUCUUCUAUGCUGAGUUCAAACAACGCUAUCGCAUCCUGAAUCCACAAGCCAUCCCAGAUGAUAAGUUUGUGGACAGCAGGAAGGCAGCAGAGAAGCUGCUAGCUUCACUGGAUAUUGACCACAGCCAGUAUCGAUUUGGACACACCAAGGUGUUUUUCAAGGCCGGUCUGUUGGGUCACCUAGAGGAGCUCAGGGACCAGCGUCUGGCCAAAGUCCUGACACUGCUGCAGGCUGCUGCCCGUGGUAAAAUCAUGAGGCUGGAGCUGGCCAGGAUGAUGGAACGCAGGGACGCCCUGAUGAUCAUUCAGUGGAACAUCAGGUCCUUCAACGCGGUCAAGCACUGGCCCUGGAUGAAGCUCUUCUUCAAAAUAAAGCCCCUUCUGAAGAGCGCAGCUACAGAGAAAGAAUUAGCUUCUCUGAAGGAGGAGCUAGCAAAGCUGAAGGAGGCUCUGGAGAAAUCUGAGGUCAAGCGGAAGGAGCUGGAGGACAGACAGGUCUCCCUGAUUCAAGAGAAGAAUGACCUCUCUCUGCAGCUGCAGGCGGAGCAGGACAACCUGGCUGAUGCUGAGGAUCGAUGUGACUUGCUCAUCAAAGCUAAGAUCCAACUGGAGGCCAAGGUGAAAGAAAUCAUGGAGAGGCUGGAGGAUGAGGAGGAGAUGAAUUCUAAUUUGCUCAGCAAGAAGCGCAAGCUGGAGGACGAGUGCGCUGAGCUGAAGAAAGACAUCGACGACCUGGAGAUCACUCUGGCUAAAGUGGAAAAAGAAAAACAUGCCACUGAGAACAAGGUGAAGAACCUGAUUGAGGAGAUGGCAGCUCUGGACGAAACCAUCCUGAAGUUAACCAAGGAGAAAAAAGCUCUCCAAGAAGCUCAUCAGCAGACACUGGACGACCUGCAGGCAGAGGAAGACAAAGUCAACGCUCUGACCAAAACUAAGACAAAGCUGGAGCAACAAGUGGACGAUCUUGAAGGCUCCCUGGAACAGGAGAAGAAAUUGCGUUUGGACCUGGAGCGUGUCAAGCGUAAGCUGGAGGGAGAUUUGAAACUCUCUCUUGAGUCUGCCAUGGACCUGGAAAAUGACAAACAGCAACUCGAAGAGAGGCUGAAAAAGAAAGACUAUGAAAUGAGUGCAAUAAGCUCAAGGAUUGAAGAUGAACAAGCAAUGGUUAAUCAACUCCAGAAGAAAAUAAAGGAGUUACAGGCUCGUACAGAGGAGCUAGAGGAGGAGUUGGAGGCUGAGCGGUCGUGCAGGGCCAAAGCAGAGAAGCAGCGUGGAGAUGUCGCCCGUGAGCUAGAAGACCUGAGCGAACGCCUGGAAGAGGCCGGCGGCGCCACCUCGGCCCAGAUCGAGGUCAAUAAGAAAAGAGAGGCCGAUUUCCUGAAGUUACGCCGGGACCUGGAAGAGGCAAUGCUGCACCACGAGGCAACCACAGCCACUCUGAGGAAGAAGCACGCCGACAGCGUGGCCGAGCUCAGCGAGCAGAUCGACAGCCUGCAGAGAGUCAAACAGAAGCUGGAGAAAGAGAGAAGUGAAGCCAAGAUGGAGAGCGAUGAUCUGGUCUCCACUGUGGAGCAACUGGCCAAGGGCAAGGCCACUUCAGAGAAGAUGUGUCGCCUGUACGAAGACCAAAUGAACGAGGCCAAAGCCAAGGUGGACGAGCUCCAAAGGCAGCUCAGUGACGCCACCUCUCAAAGGGCUCGGGCUCAGACAGAGAGAGAUGAGCUGGGAAGGAAAGUGGAGGAGCGUGAAGCCUUGGUCUCCCAGCUCCAGAGGGCUAAGAACUCCUUCAUCCAGACUGUUGAAGAGUUAAAGAAACAGCUGGAGGAGGAGAAUAAGACCAAGAACGCUCUGGCCCAUGCACUGCAGUCAUCUAGACAUGACAGUGAUCUUCUGAGAGAGCAGUACGAUGAGGAGCAGGAGGCUAAGGCUGAGCUGCAGAGAGCUCUGUCCAAGGCCAACACUGACGUGGCUCAGUGGAGGACAAAGUACGAAACUGAUGCCAUCCAGAGAACUGAGGAGCUGGAGGAGGCCAAGAAGAAGCUGGUGGUGCGUCUGCAGGAGGCGGAGGAGACGGUGGAGACAUCCAACGCCAAGUGUUCUUCCCUGGAGAAGACCAAACAUCGUCUUCAGACGGAGAUCGAGGACCUGGUCAUUGACCUGGAGAGAGCCAACGCUGCCGCAGCCAUGCUGGACAAGAAGCAACGCAACUUUGACAAGGUGCUGGCCGAGUGGAAGCAGAAGUACGAGGAGUGCCAGUCAGAGCUGGAGACUUCUCAGAAGGAGUCUCGUGGCCUGAGCACAGAGCUCUUCAAACUGAAGAACUCUUAUGAGGAGACUCUGGAUCAUCUGGAGACUAUCAAGAAGGAGAACAAGAACCUCCAAGAAGAGAUUUCUGAUCUGACCGAUCAAAUCAGCCAGGGGUCAAAGACGAUCAAUGAACUGGAGAAGAUGAAGAAGGGUCUGGACGUGGAGAAGAGUGAGAUCCAGGCUGCCUUGGAGGAAGCUGAAGGCGCUCUGGAGCACGAAGAGAGCAAAACACUGAGGAUCCAGCUGGAGCUCAAUCAGAUCAAAGCUGAAGUGGAAAGGAAGCUGUCUGAAAAGGAUGAGGAAAUUGACAGUCUUCGCCGCAGCAACCAGAGGACUCUGGAGUCCAUGCAGGCCACUCUGGACGCGGAGGCCAAGUCUCGCAGUGAGGCGGUGCGUCUAAGGAAAAAGAUGGAGGGCGACCUAAAUGAGAUGGAGGUUCAGCUGAGCCACGCCAACAGGCAGGCUGCAGAGUCCCAGAAACUACUGAGAAACCUGCAGGUCCAGAUCAAGGACGUUCAGCUGGAGCUGGAUGACACCGUUCAUAAGAACGAGGAGCUGAAGGAGCAGGUGGCUGUGACUGAACGUCGAAACAACCUGCUGGCUGCCGAGGUGGAGGAGCUGCGAUCUCUGCUGGAGCAGAACGACCGAGCAAGAAAACUCGCUGAGCACGAGCUGCUGGAGGCCACAGAGAGAGUCAAUCUGUUACACUCUCAGAAUACCGGGUUGAUCAACCAGAAGAAGAAGUUGGAAAGUGAUCUGACUUCCUUGUCCAAUGAGGUGGACGAUGCCGUACAGGAGUGUCGCAAUGCUGAGGAGAAGGCCAAGAAGGCCAUCACUGAUGCAGCCAUGAUGGCAGAGGAGCUGAAGAAGGAGCAGGACACCAGUGCUCACCUGGAGCGGAUGAAGAAGAACAUGGAACAAACCGUGAAGGACCUGCAGAUGCGUCUGGAUGAAGCUGAGCAGAUCGCUCUCAAGGGCGGCAAGAAGCAACUCCAGAAACUGGAGGCGAGGGUCAAGGAACUACAGAGUGAACUGGAGUCUGAGCAGAAGAAAAGCCAGGAGCACCAGAAGGGAGUACGCAAGUACGAGAGAAGAAUCAAAGAGCUAAGCUACCAGGCUGAGGAGGACAAGAAGAAUCUGGUUCGUCUGCAGGAUCUGAUUGAUAAACUGCAGGUGAAGGUGAAGAGCUACAAACGACAGGCAGAAGAAGCAGAGGAGCAGGCCAACACCAACCUGUCCAAGUACAGGAAGCUGCAGCACGAGCUGGAUGAUGCUGAAGAAAGAGCUGACAUGGCUGAAUCACAGGUCAACAAGCUGCGCGUCCGCACACGCGAACAAGGAACUAAGCAUGCUGAGUGACGUGAGCAGACUGCACCCUGAAAAUGGAACAAUCACAGCGAAGCCACUGCAACAGAUGUCCUCUGCUGUGUCAAAGUCCAAAUAAAGACUCUAAACUUCA